GCCCCUGGGACGAAGCCAUCAUCGACGAUACACACUGGGAAUAACAGCUUCCUCGCUGCUCACUUUACAUUGUAACUGCGUACCUCGAUGGGCCGAAAGGCGAAGCCGCUGCCUAUCCCCGAGCAGGACAGGCGCCUGUGCCGCAUCAUCUGCCUGUGCCAGCUGACACUUGUGCUGAGCGGCGUGGCGCUCGUCUACCUCACGGUAGCCAUCUAUAUGCCGUCGCACCGCGCCUUCCAGUCGGGCAUCGAGCCCACGCCUGUCACCUGCCACACCGUCAACACCUUCAUGCAAACAAGCUACUGUGACUGGGCGUCGUGCGGCGAGUGGUGCCUCACCCGCACGGCUGGCUUCUGCCCGCAGAUCGAGGUGCAGGUGCGUCGCAAUGGCACCCAGGUGCGGCUGGAGGGGUGCCGGCCGCGACGCCUCGUCUCCAUCGCCUGUCCCCAGGUGGACCCGGAGGCGCUCAAGAAAUUCAACUGCAACAACGGCACCGAAUGCAGCGCGCUGACCGGUGUGUUCAACUGCUCGCUUGGCCACUGCGCCAACAUGUCGGAGCUGUACCAGUGCGCGCCCAAGGCGGAUGGCAUCGUCGUCAACAGCGAGCAUGACAACAUGAAGCUCAACGGAUUCUUCAGCUGCUACAAAUCCACCUGCGUUAAGAUCAAGCAAGUGUUCUACUGCACCCGUUACUGCCCCAAGAUCUCAACGACGGGGGUGAAUGUGUACCUGUUGUACGAGGACAGCGUGUACACGGGGGAGUGCGAGAGGGCCGUGGCACUCGAUAAGGCCAACGGCUCCGAGGACCCUGUCCCCCUGGCCGACCCCGCAGAGUUCUGGCGGGCAGACAACGACUCCGGGGUGCUGAUGGCGUCCUGCCUCGCUGUCUCCCGCCACGACACCACACUCAGCGCCACCGACUGCGUGAACGGAUCGCUGGUGGACCAAGCCAGAGUGCCCAAGCUGUUCAUGAACUUCACGGUGCUGUGGUCGCUGUACGAGCAAGCAGAACGCGUGGCCGACCUGGGCCAGUGGUUCGCGCCCCAGCAGAGCCAGCUGGUCAUCUACAACAGGACCAAGCUGUACAUCAACCUGGAGGCGUGUGUCAACACGCUGCAGGGCGAGUGCAAGCAGUUCCUCAACACGCAUGGCCGGGACGGCGACAACCACACCGCGCCCUCCCGCUUCCCCUGCUACUACGACAAGAGUGACUCAUCGUUCGUGGUAGCGCGCUUCGACCUGCGCAAGACGUGGCGGGAGCUGCUGAUCGCGGCCCUCGUGCCCUCCACGUUGUUCCUGCUGUCGGCGGCCACGCUGUGCGUGAUCACGCGCUCCGUCACGGUCGGGGACGACGCGCGCAUGCACUGCAAGUACUGCGGGGGGGGCAGCCCCGCGGGGGGUGAGCCCGUCCGCACGGGGCCCGACGACGAGACCGACAACGAGGAGUCCCCGGCGCUGGGGCCCGGGGCAUGAGCGUGUGGUGUCCACGACUACAUCCUUCCAUUCAAGCCAAGCGAUCAGGUAUCGUGCACAAGUGGUUCCCGCUCUUACAAAAUAACCUACCUUAUGUAACACAACUAUUUUUAUAUACCAAACCAAAAGGUAAUGUCAGUGCUUAAUAAUUAAGUACACUCUUCUCUAAUGCUUUCAAGAGCAAUCAACGUGUUUGCUUUGCAGGCGAUGCUAAACAAACCAGUCUUGAGCACACAGUAAUAAUUUCUGUCCCUACAAAAAACAUAACUUUAAAAUUUUGGGUGCCUUACCAAGCCAGUAAAAGCCAAUUUGAACACGAACACUAACACUAACACGAAAAAUACCAAUUAGUUUGAACCUAAAUUAGUUAACAGCUGUGCGUUAUUAUACAAGUUGAAAACCAUUUAGAUAACAAGAAAGAUUCUUAUAGAAAUAUUAUAUAUAUUUUAAUUAAAGAUUUUAGAAAUUGAGAAUGAAAACUAUGCAUAAAAAAAAGUUCUUGCUGUAGGGUUGGAUUUUUCUCUUAACUUUUUACUUAACAUACACUAGUUACAAUGACGAAAAUAAAAUGUUAUUGAUAUGUAAAUAUAGAAAGAUGGUAAUCUUGUAUUAUAUCAUCAACUACUUGGCCGGCUUAUGCCUUUACCAGUAGUUUUAAAUUCAAAUUUUACAUGCCUAAACAAUCCACAAUAUUGUCCUAAAUUGCUGCUCGCAAGCUAUUAAGUAACAGGUAAUAGGCAGCAUGAUAGUCAUGUACUAACAGGUGCUUUUUAUACAAUACCAGUAAAUUUCACUGCAUAUAUUUUGUGCUCAUUACUGCAAAUUAACUCCGCCUGUCUCCCAAGAAGCAAACAGUUAUGAUCCCAAGGUAGACAUAUAAAAUGGUCAUACACUUAAGGUUUGUUUCAUUCAGAAUUUUCACUUGGGAAAGGGGAUAAAGAUGUUAGAUUUCUCAAGAAUUGUCAAAACUGUAUAGCUGAAAAUAUGCAGAAAGUCACGUUUGGUAUGGCACAUUUAAGAUCUUUUAAAUUUUUUUUGGCACUGACAUUGUCUCAAAGUAAUUCUAUUUUAUGACGUUUUCCUGAACUGCUUCUGGUUUUCACAACUCGGAUAAGUACUUGUGGUACCAAGGAAACUAGAAAUUUGUGAAAUCCAUUCUUAAAAAGAUUUGUGAUUGGCCCAAGACACAAUACAGUAAAAACACUAUAACUUAUUGCUUUACUUUCUAACCACCAGACAACAAAAAUAACAGAUGUCUAACUAAUGUGCCUUACACUAUGAUUUUAACGACCAAUCGAAACAGUUUUUACUAAAGGAUAAUUUUGUGCCUUGGGUCCUAAGAAACCACUAUUUAAAUAGCACAGGAAAAAAAUAAUUUUAUAGCACAAUAAUAUAGACACUCCCAUAGAUUCUUGACAAGUAUUUUAUGAAAACGUACCACAAAAUAAAUACAUAUUUUUAACUAACAUGUGGCAAGCAAAAUAUUUACAAGUAAAUAGCAGCAAAGUUUAUGGAAUCAAUCACUCACACAAUAUCUCAUAGCAGAAUAUUCUGUAGCAUUCACUUUUAUUAGUAAACUAAAUAAACAAUGUGUUAUAACAAAAACAUACCAACUUCCACAAACUUCAGUUUAAGUUAUUUGCAAGUAAUAUAUUAUCUGUGGCAUAAUCAAUAAACUAUAACAUUUUACAGCAAGUAUGUAUAAUUAAAAGCUACCCUACAAGCAAAAACUGUGUUCUAAAUCCAAAUUGCACAACUAAAAUUAUUUUCAAUAUAUAAUUUUAAUUUUGAAACUUUUAUAACUUUCUUCAAGAAAUAAGAAUACAUGAGACAAAUAAUAACUUUGUAAUUUAACUUUCGUAAAGAUGUUUUUAAGCUCCCAUGUGAGUUUUAUUUUAAUGAACUAUCUAGAGAUUUAGACCUAACCAUCUGGACCUAUGAUAAAAAUCAAAUGCUGGAUAAACUUGCUCAGCCAGUGAAUAUUAAGGGAGGUACUAAGCUUCACAAAACUACAAUAAACUCUUGAUUACCAACAUGAAAUAUUAGGACUGCAGGAAUCCAAGUAUUUUAACUGUGGUUUAAUCCUAAUAAUAUUAUAAAUUCAAAUAAUAUAUAUUUUUAACAUUAGUAACAUUCCUGAUUAGUUACCUAUCAAACGAACUUUACCGUAACAAAAGCUGACAAUAGCAAAAUUAAUUGUAACUAGUAUUAUAAAAUAUAAUUAUAUUCAACAAUCACAAAAAUUGGUUAAUUUGUACAGAACUUUGCUUGUCUUCAGUGUCACCUUAUAUUUCAGUUUGUUUUAUAUUCGAGGUGAUCAUAUUUUUAACUUACUAUAUCUGAGUUUGUCUUAUAUUCAAAGUCAUAUUUUAUUUACCUUGAUAUUAUAUUCGAAGUCAUCUUAUAUUUGGCUUGGUAUUAUACUUAAUCUUAAAUUUAACUUGAAAUUAUAUCUGAGCUGUUUAAUAAUAGGAGUUGUCUUACAUUUGAGUUCAUCUUACACGUGAAGUCGCCAUAUAAUCAAGUUAGUCUUCUAUUGGAGGUCAUUUUAUAUUUUAAGUAGUCUUAUAAACAAGGCCAUUUUGUAUUUGAAAGUGUAUUAAAUUCAAAGCAUAAUACCUACUCAAUGUUUUUGUAUAUGAGGUUAUCUUAUAUACAUAUACACACACACAUAUAUGAUAGAUACUUUUGUUGAUUUGUUCUUGACAAAAGUGAACAUGAACCAAAAAACUGCACAAGAUAUAGACUGAUUUUUUUUUAAGAAUCUAAUUAAUUUCAUAUUAUAAUAAUAAUGAAAGUAUAACUACCAUUCUAAAAUAAUUCUAAACUAAAUACUUGUAAUCAUAAGUCUGCUGUUUUUCCAAUACUAAAAGCUCUGUGAUAAUUGUUUCUUAGUUUUCAAAUGAUUUCUUUCCAUAAAACAUUCAAUUUUAGUUGUUCUUUCCCAUCUUUAUUUAGUCAUAGAAAGCUAAACACUGAUUUUUCAAUAAUUAAGGAGUAUAUAUAACAAACUAAUUGAAGCAAAUUAACAAAUGGCCUAACAUCCAUCACAUAUGCACCUCCAUAAUAGAGUAAGGAUACUGCUUGCAAUGAGUAAGAAGAAUUAAGGUAAUUUUAGAAAAUCAUAAAGACUAAUUCCUGUUAGUUUUUCUAAGUUAGGUAUUCUUUUAAACAAAAAUUCUGUAAGUGUAACAUGUUUUAAACAUAAAGAUGGAAGAUUUUCAGCUAAUAAAAAUAAUCAGCUGUUAAAAUGAAGCUUGAAAUAUCAAGUUGUUAUUGAAAUAAAACUGAAGCAAUGGUUUCAUUGUAUGAUACAUGAAAGCCUUGAGUAGAUGACAAGUUAAUGUAUGAAAGAAGCCUACCCUUGAUACAAACUGAACACUGCCUUCAAGCAGCUGUUGCAGGCAUUCAGCUUUUCACAAUCAGGAGGCAGUAAACUUAACAAAAAACUAACAGAUAUUCUUACAACUUUCCUGCCUGCUAUGUUAAUGUAUUUACACUUAGAGAAAAAUCCUUGAAAAAAAAUCAUAUUAAAAGUAUUAAGAAGAUGGCUUCUAAAAUCUCAUUUAAAAUCAAACAACAAAUAACACAUUAAAUGAACAACAUGAUAUUAAUUACACUUGCCCUUAGUUACAAAUAAAUUUUCAUUCAGUUCUAAAAAAAAUACCAGAUCAAGAAAGACAAUGAAAAAAUUUUACUAUAUAUUUGUAACACAAUAUGCAAAUGUGUAGUUAUGAAUAUGAAUAUGUGUAUGCUUGUCAAAAGAAACUGACAGAAAAUAAUAAUUCAGAUAACUUAUUCUAUAUAGGUAUAUAUAAUAUAGAUGUAAAAUGUUAGUUCAUGGUAAAAAGUAUUUAUAAAAAUUAUUGUGUGUGUUAGAAAUACUAUUUUAGAUUAUUAAAGGAAACAUGAAAAGCUUGCUACAAAAACAAUUUUGCAACACAGAAUAUUUAUGAGUGUAACAGACACAAAUAUGUCAUAAUAUUGUAGUUUCUGAAGUCCCCGGACAAUGUGAUUAAAUUAUAUUUGGAAUUAAGUAGGACUUAUUCCCACUUUGGAUAGACAAUUAUUUCUUGAUUAAACUAGAUUUUAUGAUCCAAAAUUUGCAAUGUAUACAAUGGAAUGUCAAUUUUUCAAUGUCAGUGGUUUAUAAGGUGUACCAUCAGAAUUUUUGUUUACAUGUUCAAUGAUAUGACUAGAAAGUGAUGAUUAUUUUCACAUUAAAAAAAAAUAUUUUCACCUUUCAUAUAAAAGUUUUCUAAGAAUAUUUCAACUUCAGAAUAAAUUGAACUGUUAAUUUUCAUUAGUGCUUGCUGUUGUAGAAAUGAGAGUGGGUCUGUUGCAAAAGUAUGAUUUAGUAUUUAAUUUUUUUUAGAUAUUAUACCUGUACUUAGCGCAUAGUACAGAAUCUAAUUUUAAAUUAUUUUUCUGUUAAAGGCCAUGCAAGUUUUAAUGGAACAUGGUGCAACUUUGUAAACAUAUUUUAUACAAAAUGCUUGUACAAAUGUAUAUAUUUGCUGCAUCACUGUCCAAUGUUAGGUUUACCGAGUAAAACUUCAACACGCCUUAAUACUUUGUUGCUCCGUCCAGAUUUUUACAUACUAAAGAGCCAUCGCAUGAGAUAGAACUUCUAGCUACUCUUGUAAGACAAAAGCUUGCUAAUUAAUGCUAGAAAAAUCAUUAUAACUUUACAUAGAUAUAGAAAACUUACAUAAGUGAGCAAGUCCCAAACUCAAAACUUCAAAUGUCUCUAUAUUGGUGUACUAUUAGUAGCUCUCUAGUCUCUACACAUACCCUUUUUUUGCUUAUAAGACAACAAUUUAAUGCAAGUUUUAAUCUUCAAGCCGCCACUGAUCUUGUAUGACAAAUUUUAUUGUAUGAUUAUAUGAUGCUAUUUUUAUGUGGAGUUGAAUAUGUGUAUGAUAGAAUGAUGCUGGACUCACAAUAGCAUGAUGAUCACAAUGAGUGGACACAACAUGAAUGAAAUAUUUUUCUAACCAAUUAAGUUUGACACAUCAGUAAUGGAAGCAUGACAAAAAUGAAAAAUAUUACAGAUCCUGAUUAAAAUUUUUCUACUUCAAUCACAAUAUAAGUGCGAUGUUACUGAAAUGACUGUGAUAAUUUGGAUUUUGAAUGUUGGUUAGACUGAUGCAUUGGUAAUAAAUUAUUAUUAGUGUAGUGUUUAGGUUUAAUGUUGUAAAUUUGUGUGGGAAAUCCAUUAAAUACGUUCAUGUAAAAAUACAUUUUGGAAUAAAACUUCAAUUUGGGACAGACAAAUUUUUCUCAUACAGAUCAAUUUAAACAAACUUGUACACAUUGAAGAUUGUUCUAUAUGGGUUGAGUGUGUAUUUAAUGGUAAUGGCAUAUUCACAAUAAAGCGAUAUUUAAUGUCACAUCGCGUCUUCUGUGUCGUUCUAUUGUGAUUCCAGCAAGACUUGACAUAGCUUGAGCCUGUUUUAAUCCAUUUACACACACAACUUCCACAUUUUUGUGUUUAAUAUCUGUAAUACUUUAUGAUAUGGUCUCUUUUUCGAUGCCAUGGAUUUGAAAGGCAAAGCAGAACUGUUUUUUUUCUUUUGUUUAUAAAACUGCUGGAAACCACCCUCAACCUCAUAUGUCGGCUCGUGUGCAAUGAGGGAACAAAGUAGCCUCUCCAUCCUUCAUCCCAGUGCAUCACAGCCUCAACGUCCUAGAUUCUUAUCCAAAAUGAACAAAACUAAAGCCGUCAUUUUUAAAGUUUCUCUAUUCUCACAAUAUUCUCAUAAAAUCUAAGAAGCCAUCCAAAAUUUUGUAGACUGUACAUAGAUAAUCAAGUCUGUGCUACGUACACGCCCGAGACCAAGUGGCCUCAAGUCUUGCAUGAAGGUGAAUUUCCACUACUGAAGAGCGGACCUUUGCUACUGUAAGACUACUACACGUAGUCUUAAAUGUUGGAAACUAAGGUACAUAUUACAAUGUGAUUGGUUGGAGAUUAAAACAGUACAGUACACUCCCGAUUAUCCGCAAAAUUAAGUGGCAGGGCCACCGCCGAUAAUCAAAAUCUCUGUUAAUCCUCAAUAGAGCCGAAAAUGGGAAACAAAAAAGGAAACAUUAAUUUCAACUUAAAAAUCUAAAAAUUUAUGUAUAGUAAAGUUACAAUUAACAGUAAAAAUUUUUAAAUGAUGCUAAAAUUUUAGUAUUUUACUAAAUAAUUAACAUACAAUACAUUUCAGUAAUGUAAACAUAAAAGUGCUAGGUACUUACUUCGUAACAAGGAUACAGUACUGUACAUACUCAGAGACUUCAUUAGACUCUAAAACAGCACAACUCUUUAAAUUUACAACUUUUUGAAAAAAAUCAGGUACUUGCUUUUGUUUCUUGCUUUGGAAACAUAUUUUCUCAAUUCUUGAUUGAAUUUUCCGCAACAUCAGUUUUUCAGCCAACUGCGCAUCGUCGUCUUGUUCCUCUAAAUAGUGAAGCAGUCCGACGAUGUGUUGCAAAGCCACUUCAUGAGUCUUCCGCGCCUUCGCAUUGGGCUCGUCUUCUUCACUUUCAGUUUGCUCUUCUUCCUUCACGCCCUCUCCCCUUGCUUUGUUAGCGAUUUCCUUAUGUCAAGCACUCGAACCCCGGCUCAUUAGCGUAACACUCCAACCACUCUGCAAUGCUCCCAACGUCGACAUUCUCACCACCCGGAACUGAUUUUACCAAGUCGGCCAGCGUUGCCGUGGGCGUGUCAACAUCUUCAUUCUCUUCUUCACAACUCAAAGGGUUUAGCUUAUCAUUUGAUUCGACAUUAGGCAAGAGUUUUCUCCAUGACUUACUCAGAGUUGAUGGUUUCACUAAGUCCCAUGCAGAUGCAAUGUCAUAGAUGCUGUCAAGGAUUUUGUUGUGUUUCCAAAACUCUUUUAGAUCACAACCUUCUUCAAUUUUGUACAUUAGCAGCUUGGUUCUGUACGUUCUUUUCAUUGUUGUAAUGACCCCUUGGUCCAUGGGUAGCACUAGUGAGGUAAUGUUUGGGGGGAGAAACAUUGCAAAAAUUUGUCCAUCAGAAGAUUUCAGUACACUUGUAGCUGGAUGAGAAGGUGCGUUGUCGAUCAACAGCACAGCCUUUCAGGCAAAUUUUUUGCUUUAAGGUGUUUACGCCUUGAGGUACAAAAAUCGUUUCAAACCAUUCUUGAAAUACUUUUUUGUUUCAUCCAUCCUUUCUUUUGGUUAUAAUAAUCAACUGGCAAAUUUUCUGCUCUUGUGCCCUUGAAUGAUCUCGGUUUUUUGGACUUUCCAAUGACAAAAAGUCUAAGCUUAUGACCACCCGUAGCGUUACUGCACGACAUGAUGGUUAUCCUUUCUUUGCUGCUUUUAUGCCUCGUCGCUUGACGUUCACUUUCAAAUGCCAAAGUGCGAGUGUGAAGACAUUUCCAAAAGAGUCCCGAAUCAUCUGCGUUGUAAAUUUUUUCAAAGGAUAACUCCUCUUUUAAAACAAAUUCUUCAAAUUCAUGUUGAAAAUCGACAGCUGCUUGUUGGUCGCUACUAAGUUUUUCUCCGUGAAGUCUAAUCUCACGAAUUCCAUGACACUGCUUAAAACGAGUUAAACAGCCAGACGACGCAUCAAAAUUUCCUUGCAGCCCUAACAGAUCAAAAAAUGUUUUUGCCUUAGCCGCGAUGAUAGGACCCUUUUUAGGGGUACCCUCAUUUCGCACCUGAGCUAACCACUCCGCCAAUGCAGAGUCUAGAUUUUCAAAGGUAGAAUACUUCAUAGUUUUUUGUUUUUUCAUCGCAGAAGCAUUGUCCGACAUUGAUGCAAAAAAUCAUCAGUUUGUCUUUUUUCUUUAAAAUGUCAUGCACUGUUGUUUCCCCGACUCUAUAAUCCAAACACAUCUGCUUCCUUGAAGCGCCAUUUUCUACUUUAGAGAUCAUUUCCAGUCUUUGCGUAAUCGUCAACACGACCUUCUUUCGCUUUUCUGCCAUUUUAAAUCCAUAACGAAAAACACCAAACCAGGCAAACACAAACACUAAACACUAAAAUACGAUGUAACUAGGCAAAACUAAACUUUGACUGUCAACAAACACGCUCAGUGUCAACUGAAAAGGGUGAGUGGAGAGAAGAAGGUGGGCGUGUCAUUAGACGAGAGAGAAAGAAAGUAAGAGGCCAUGAGGUUGAGGGAGGAGGAAGGGGAAGGGAGCGACCUUGACUGACUGUCUGCUCGUCAAAGCAACCAUACGACUAUAAACAAAGCGCGACUGAGACAAAAAUACUAAAUAGCAAUGCAUGCCAGCCUACUGCGUGAGUUUCGAGAAGGCCUGUGGCGUUUUACUGUAAACUGCACAUAAUACACUCGUUAGUAGAGUUCAAUUUUGCUCACUUGUAAUAAAAUACAGAUUUACAUAUGUGCUUUUUUUUUUUGUAGCAUGCGCGGAUAAUACGCAUCGCGAAUCAUCCGCCCGUGGAUAAUAGGGAGUUUACUGUAUACAAUUUUGCCUUGGAAUAUAAUGCAGAUAUUUAAGUGACUGCAUGACUUAAUCUAGAAGUUACUUUCAAGCUAAGAUUUUAGUUACUUAAAAUAGCAAAUUUGAAGAUUUAGUGUUGGGCAAAAACUUAACAACUGGAAUUAUUAAUACAUUAUAACAUUAAAUACAUAGUGGGUAUAAUAUAGGAUGAUUCUGAACUCUACAUAAAUACACAGAGUGAUUAUUCCUCAUGAAAUAAGGUAGGAAAUGAUAAUAUGAUUCACAACCUAUUGUGGGGGUAUCAAGGAAAGUAGGCACCUUUGAAAAUCAAGAUUUGAAAUUUUUUUUUCCAAAAUACAUAGAAACUAGAUCACAUGCCUAUAACUGAUAAAUAUUUACUGGGUAACACAAUAUAGAAUCAUUAAGAACAUAAGGGUUAUUGUAAUAAAUAUAUUACUGAGGUGAUAUGACUGCUUUUUAUGAUGAAAAUGUUUUAAUGAAUUUUUGUGUGUUAUUCGACGAAACAGGUGGCCUUGGUGUAAGGCUAUCAAAUACUAACUUACGAAGUAAAACUGUGUAGUUGUUUGCCUGCCAGCUGUGGAACCAACACAUGUACUUCAUGUUGUGUAACUGCUAUGAAUGCUAAUGUAUUAUUUAUCUCUAA